GUCUUCGUUGACCGAAGCACUCCCGUUUUUACCAGUAAGCCGUUGAGCGGCGCCGUUCAGGGCUAUAGCCCAUCUUAAUAUCGCUUCCUUUUCGGUUCCCGGUACCAGCUGUAUUUGGAUCCCUACCACCCACGCCGCACUCCCACCCGCUCGGAUUUUCAAAGUAUCUUUAGUAAUAAUAGCAAGAGGCGGUGCUCACGUCACCCAAUAUACCAUGAAGCCAGAGAUGCUGGAGCCGGCUGUUUACCAUCCUGCGGCCCCAAGCACCAGGGCAGACUCCCGCCAUGGCCUGUCUCCGCUGGACCAGAGACAGACACUUAAUACCACAAACGACGAAUGUUCCAUUCCCACCUACUACUUCACUACGAGGUACUCUACCUCUUCGGCAUACCAGCCCAGUGCCACAUCGCCCUCGAGCCUCGACGACUUCCCUACGCCCAAGGCCCGUUUGUUCGACAUGACCCCCCAGCCUUCGCCGCGCUUUCCUCGUCACGCGGCCACCUAUCCGCCAGCAACUCGGGAGAGCCGUACAGACAGCGACUUUGACUCGUUGUAUGACAUCACUGACGACGAAGCUGAGGUACCGCUGCACGCAUCGGCGUCAGUCAAGAAGCUUGCAACACAGCCAAGGCGGAGACGCUAUCCGUCCAUUGUCAUUCCCUCGCCCUCUGCCUGGCCAACGAUUGAAAAGUUGAAGAGUGCCAAUUCGGCCGUGCCUGUUACUCCGUCAUUGGUGCUGACGCCUUCUCGCCGUUACCUCGAGAUGAUUGACUCUCAUAACCUGCAGGUACCGGAACGCUCCGCUGCUCCCUCAUUGGACGGCAGCCUCACUUCAGAAGAAAUGGACAAGCUCAGCUGCCCAGCUACCCCAAUAUCACAGCAGAGGCCUGGAUCCUCGUCGAGCUGUGACUCGUGGGGUCCCGUGCAACUUGACAUGCAAGCCAUGGAGACGCUUCAACAUCUGGGCAACUCACCAUCCACUGAGCAGUACGAGCAACGAGAGCAACAGCAACGCGAGACGAAUGCGACCAGGGGUGAGAUGCGGGAGGUCUCUCGGCCAAGCCUUGGUCUGAGCAUUCCAUCCACCAUCUUCGGAAAUGCCUCCUCUGGCAGCACGCCCCUCUCUGCCCUCUCAGUCCCGUCACCAGGAGGCUUCUUCUCUUCGCUCCAGGCUAGUGCCCGCCACACAUGGAGCAUUCCUAAGCGGGUGGAUUCAAUCCCAAACACGUCUACCGCUGAGAAGUUCUACAACCUCCCAUGGGACAAGACCAGCCGAAGGAAUACCUCGCCACACCCUGCACCAGCUGUACCAGCUCUCCCGCGGCGAAACUCGACUCUGGGUGGAUCGACUCUCGAUGGAUUCGACGAUCCUUUGGCAACAUCGCGACCAGUAAUUCUCAGUCCUGCAGAUGAGAAUGUAGAGAUCAAAGAGAUCAACCCCAGCAAGACGGUCUUCCAGUACAAUGAAAACUACAACGCUGAGCUUCAAAAAGUAUCUUGUCUGAAUCUCGAAAUGACUGGCCGAUGGUUGGAGGAACAGGAUGAGCUACAAGCCGCUCUUCGUGACAUGGCUGACAUCAGCUCGCCCAACCUCUCUACUGGAACCCAUAGUCGCGGCAACUCAGUGGACAAGCCCGCAGUCAAGAAGUCGGUCAAGUUUGCUGAUGAGCCCGCCAAGUCUCCAGUGCCAGAGUCGGCUACCAAGCCUAUCCUGACUUAUGUCCAAGGCCUCGAGUACCUUCGCUCUCGUUGCCAGAAGAAGGAUACAUUCAUCCACCGCCAGACCCGCGCCGAGGCCAUGCAUGUACAGCGUCGCUGCAGCCCUCUGGCUCAUCGCGAUCAGCUCCUUGGCAAUUUUAAGCUCGGCCAGCCAGAUCGUCCAGUGCCGCCACGUCCCGUGUCUGAAUUCUUUGUCGAUGACCCGACCGUCUUGAAGGAGAGGAUUGCACGUGCGCAGAUGGAACGCCAGGCGCUCGACCAGAUGCUGCCGAUCCAUUGGGUUCUGCAGGCACAGAAACAACUCAAUGGAGGAAGACUGUUGAGCAAGGCCGCAGCGCGACGAGUUACACGUGCCAGUGCGCCACGCAUCCUCGAUAUCGGCGGUGUCGCCGCCAACGACUGGGCGUGGGACGUUGCAUACGAUUUCCCCUACGCCUCUGUGAUUACUGUCUACACAGCAGGUAACAACAUGUCUUUGGAUGUCAAGGGCCCAGACAACCACAAGCACAUGACGGUCCCUAACCUGUGGACCCUUCCCUUUCCCUCGGGCCACUUUGAUGUCAUCUCGGCACGCACACUGUACGAGCAUCUCAAAACCAUCAAGCCUUUGGGCAAGACGUGCGAUGAGUAUGACUUGUGCUUGAAGGAGUGCUACCGGUGCUUGAAGCCAGGAGGUGUGCUUGACUUUUCACUCAUGGACGCGGAUGUUGUGCACGCUGGUCGCAACGCUCAAGCCAUGGGUGUCGAAUUUGGCUUCAAUCUCAAGACACGCGGCUAUGACGCGCAGCCUACCAAGGCCUUUCUUCCUCGCGUCUCCAAAGCCGGCUUCAAGGACGUGCAGCGCGCAUGGAUGUUUCUCCCCAUGGGCAAGACGGCUGCCAACUGGCGUGAAACGCUCCCCGUUGGUGCCGAGCCACAGCCCCAAGAGCGGAGAAUCACGGAGAAUGGACAGAUUGAGCUUGAGGAUACGCCAGUAUAUGGCACGACGAUUGACGCGGCCAUGCUGACUGGUAUCGUCGGCAGCUGGGCGUGGGAGAGGUGGUUGUUGAGACUGCAAAUGGAGAUGGGCAAGGAUGAGGAUAGAUUGCUCGAGGGUGUAGUCAAUGUGCUUGAAGAGGGUGCCCAGUGCCACUCUGGGUGGAGGACUCUGACUGGUUGGGCAAGGAAGUAGAUUUUGGAUGGCUGAAAAUGUUACGCGAUACGGUGUUAUGAUGGAGGGUUUUUGUGUUG